AUGGCGACGGAGCCAGGCAGUGGGUGAGUGAUUCUGAAGGGUGGAGGUGUGAGGCGAUUGAUGAUCGCGGUCAGCCGUGACACAGCUCCCAAAGGGGUGGGAGGUUGACUUCUUUUCUGGCUCCGGCCGGACUCCGAAUGGGAACGUCUGAUAUCUACAUCCUCCCACCCGGGUUAGAGGUGAGAGGUCAGAGGCCGCGUCCCCACUCUGGUGUUUGGACCUCAGGCGCAUCUUUGGAACAAGAUCGGGGAACUACAUCCCAGCCUCACGCUUCAGCUUGCUUGGAGCUUGAGACCUUGAGAGUCUCCUGGACGGCAGUCUUGCGGAGAAAGUAUUUUGACCUUGGCAUCUAGACGUCUCCCAUCUCCCCCAUGGCCCUGACAAUGCUGAAUGAGUUCCUGAUUGAGGACCCAAACCCACCUAUGCUGCUGUAUCAGGUUAGCAAGACUGCUCAGUUAGAUACCCUCAACUACCAGAGCCACUUAAUGCAAGGGGUCUUUGCCCAUUUCCCUGAGAUCUUAUUUAUCCACCGGACCUAUAACCCAACGGGCAAGGUGCUAUAUACCUUCCUGGUAGAUGGACCUCGGGUGCAGCUGGAGGGUCAUCUGGCCCGGGCAGUCUACUUCGCCAUUCCAGCCAAGGAGGAUGCUGAAGGCCUGGCCCAGAUGUUCCAGGUGUUCAAGAAGUUUAACCCAGCAUGGGAGAGAGUCUGUACCAUCCUGGUGGAUCCCCACUUCCUCCCGCUGCCCACCCUGGCUAUGGAGUUCCCCGCAGCUGAGGUCCUGCUCUCAGCCUUUCACAUCUGUAAGUUCCUCCAGGGCAAGUUCUAUCAGCUGUCCCUCGAACAGCCUGUGGAGAGGGUGCUCCUCAGUGCCCUGCAGAGCACAAUGUGCUCGGCCACCGCUGGCAACCUGAGGAAGCUGUAUACACUCCUGAGCAGCUGCAUUCCUCCGGCCCGGCUGCCCGAGCUCCACUCCCACUGGCUGCUCAAUGACCGGAUCUGGCUGGCGCACCGCUGGCGAAGCCGAGCUGAGAGCAGCCGCUACUUCCAGGGCCUGGAGGUCACCACCCGCGUCCUCAGCCAGCUCUUCGGCACCACCCCCUGUGUGGAGCAAGGCAUGACCUCUCUGCUCCGGUACAUGCAGCAGAAUGCGGGAGACGAGGCGAGCUUCAGCCUGGGCCUGAGUCCCCAGAACAGUCACGCCCCCUUAGACGUCAGCCCAGAAAGCCCCCAAGUGGAGCGGCUGGUAGAAGCCCGCAUCCAGCACUCCCUCAAUGCCAUCUGCACGGGGCCAGCCGCCCAGCUCUGUCUGGGGGAGCUUGCUGUGGUCCAGAAAUCUGUGCACCUCGUCGGCUCCGGCUCGGAGAAGGUGAACAUUCAGAUCCUGGAGGACACCCAUCGGGUGCAGCCCCAGCCCCCUGCCAGCUGCAGCUGCUACUUUCACCAGGCCUUCCACCUGCCCUGCCGCCACAUCCUGGCCAUGCUCAGUGCUCGCCACCAGGUGCUUCAGCCCGAAAUGCUGCCCACCCAGUGGACAGCAGGCUGUGCUGCCAGUCUAGACAACAUUCUGGGCAGCAAGUGGAGUGAGACGCUGGAUAAGCACUUGGCCGUGGCUCUCCUCACCGAGGAGGUGGGUCAGCUCUUGCAGCACUGCAGCCAGGAGGAGUUUGAACGGAGGUACAGCACCCUGCGGGAGCUGGCCGACAGCUGGAUCGGCCCUUAUGAGCAGGUCCAACUCUGAUUACCUUCCAUGCCAGAGAUGCUCAAUGACACAUACCCACUCACAUCCACCCCUACAUGCACAACACACACUCACACUAUUAGACUUCCGUGGGCCUUCCUUCCAGGAAAGGACAAGGGUCUUCUAUUCUACCGCGGCCUGUUACCUAAAAUGUGUCUAGUUCCUAAGACAGGAGUCAGCAAACCUUUUCUGUAAAGGGCCUGGCAGUAAAUAUUUUAGACUUUGCUGGC